AUGUUGAGUAAAAAUAGAUCGACGGCAUUCCCACAGCAUUCCGACUACACACAACCAGAAUCAUUCGAACAAAAUGCUCCGUCUACGCCAUCCACUCCUAGCAGCGUGAGAAAGAAGUGUCGGCUUGGUGCAGCAGCCGCCCUCGAAAUGGCAAAGUUCGCAUCUAGCCUGCAAGGUAGUGCCGCCGAGGCUGCUGGAGUCUCUAAGACUCGAAAGGCAAAGUCUCAAAAGCCUAUCCCUGCUACUGCCGCCAGUUCACGGCCCUCUCGCGCGCGGAAAUCUCCUGAGCGGUAUUCACCUGACCCAGAAGAUAUGCCGUAUAGAAGAAGGACGAGGAGCAGUACCAAGAUCGCUAGAGACGACAACAAAGCCGGCGGGGCACCGCCUAUUGACUCUCCGAAACACAAGACAAGGCGUGCUAUAAAGCAGGCCGUGGAGAAUGCGCUGGGGGCCGUCUAUGUGAGUCCUACCGCUGAGGACGAGGCCCCUGCGACAAACAAAACUAGCUCAAAGAAAGACGCCACUAAGGGAAAGAAGAAGGCGAGCUCGAAGAAGACGACCACCACUGAGACCAAGAGGAAAACUACCGCGCGAAAGGAGAAGGCGGAGCCGAAGACGAGUUUCACGAAGAAGGCGAUGGCGACGGCGGCGAAGAAACCCGAGGUCACACCCAAGGUGAAUAGUAACGUGAGGUUUGGGGGGGCAGCUACUGCUGCUUCGAAGAAGACCGCCGCCGACGAAAAGGAGGAGAACAAGAAGACCCAGCAGGGGCAGAAGGACGAAACGGUUAACGAGCCAGCGAAAAAGACAGCCGCGUCCAAGAAGCCCGCGUCCAAGAAGGCCGAGGCGAAAACAGCCGCCGCCGCCGCCCCCAAAAAGUCAGCCACCGAGAAGAACGCUGCUUCAAAGAAGGGGACAAAGGCUAAGGCUACGGCUAUGACUACCAAGAAGGUUACCAAGCCCAAAGCCGCUGCAGCCCAAACCGGCAAGAAAGCUCCUGCGAAGAACGCUGCUGCGUCAAAGACCAACGACGCUGGACAGUCCAAGGCCCCCAAGGAGCGUCUCACGAAAAGCAGUGUCAAGUCACAACCCUAG